UUGAAGGUCACAGGGAGUUGCAAGCUGAACAACCAAUGGCAAAAUAGUCCACUGUCACAAGGAGAAAAUUAACUGGGACGGGGUUGUCUGUAGCUUCCCUACCCCUUUUUAAAAGAGGCAUGGGAGGGACAAGAAAGAGACAACACAUUGCUUCUGAGUAGAAUUGGUUGUGACAGUCUGACAUACAGAGGUUGACAGAAGAAGAGCUACAUCGUAAAUACAAGGGAGUGACAGACGGUGAGAGUGAGAACAAAAGCAGUUGGAAAACUCUAUCUCCUUCCUCUCUUUUCUUUCAUUCUCUUUGUUUUUUUCCAUGCUCUCAACGCUAUCGUGGAAGAGAGGAGACAGACAAGGACAGAGCCUUGAACUCAGACAUUGUGAUGGACACCAAGGCAGUGUUUGCGGCCCUGUACAACGUGUGCGAAGAGAAUGCCACCUUCUUCUCAGGAGGAGCUAAGGGUUCACAGGGUGAUGCGGCACGGCGGCUGGUGGAUACCAUGAAGCUGAUCAAGGAGCAUGCUCGCAGCCUGGAGCCCGUUAUCUCCGGCUUCGCUGCAGUUUACCAUCAUUAUGACUUUGACCCACACAUACCUGCCAAUGGCUAUCGCUCACUGGUCAAGGUAGUGCGCUGUUGCCUUCUCCACAUCAUCCAGAAGGGGCGCUACAUCACCGCCAACCGCCGCAGCAUCUUUUUUCGAGUAGCACACAACGCGGGGGAGAUGGAGGCCUACUGCAACGCUCUGUGCCAGCUGCGCGCUCUGCUCUACCUGGCUCAACGCAUGCUACAUGACAACAGCUAUGGCAACCUUUUUUUCCAGGAUGAAAGUGGUCUCAGUGAGAGCUUUGUCCGCGAAUACUCAUCCAUGCACAAGGGGUGCUUCUAUGGCCGUUGCCUUGGCUUUCAGUUCAGUCCAGGCAUUCGGCCCUGUCUCCAGACCAUCGCUAUUGGCCUUGUGGCCUUUGGAGAAAACUACAAACGCCAUCAGUCAGGAAUAGGUGUAGCAGCCAGCUCUUUCUUUACCUCAGGGAAGUACGCCAUUGACCCAGAGUUGAGAGGGUCAGAAUUUGAACGCAUCACCCAGAACCUGGACGUCCAUUUCUGGAAGGCAUUCUGGAACAUCACUGAGACCGAAGUCCUGUCGAGUCUCGCCAGUAUAACAUCCACUCAAGUUAAGGUGAACCGGACUCUUUCUGUUCCCGCCGUGCCCUUUGACCUUCCCCUGGUGGCCAACCACAGAGCAUCUGUAACUAUAGCUCCACCAUCAGCUCACAUCGGCACUGCUCCAGUUCAGAUGAGGCUCAUCUCCUAUGACUUACGUGAAGGACAGGACAGUGAAGCUCUGCUGUCUCUUGCCCGCGCUGAGGGGGGCUCCAUCUCUUUGUCGCUGGGGCUGAAGACCAAGCGCCUCCCCUCAUCUCCCUGUCUCCUGAUCCACUUCCAUGGGGGAGGAUUUGUGGCCCAGACCUCCAAGUCCCAUGAGCCCUAUCUGAAGAGCUGGUCCCAGGAUCUUGGUGUCCCCAUCCUGUCAGUGGACUACUCUCUGGCGCCUGAGGCCCCCUUCCCAAGGGCCCUGGAGGAGUGUUUCUACGCCUACUGCUGGGCUCUGAGAAACCACCACCUACUAGGCUGGACCGGAGAGAAAGUGUGUCUGGCUGGUGACAGUGCGGGAGGCAACUUGUCUGUGACGACAUCAAUGCGAGCUGCUGCCUUUGGUGUGCGAAUGCCAGAUGGCAUCGUGGCAAUCUACCCGGCUACCCUGCUGACCGCCUACGCAUCUCCCUCCCGUCUGCUAACACUUAUGGAUCCCCUGCUGCCGCUCAGUGUGCUCUCCAGGUGUCUCAGCGCCUACGCUGGAGCUGACCCGCAAACAGAGACACAGAUAGAGAAGGCGAGCACGAUGAGCCUGGUGAGGAGAGACACAGCUCUGCUGCUCAGAGAUUUCCGACAGGGAGCCUCCAACUGGAUCCACUCUCUGCUGGAUUCCAACAGAGCCUCAGCCUCCCCCAGUACAGCUGCAGAGGUGCCACCAGGAGACACUGACACAGUGAGGAAGAGCAUUUCAGAGGCGACCAUCUCUUCUCGUCACGCAGACCCCCCUGUAGCCUCCGAGACCUCAGAGUUCCCCUCCAGGAAUCUAUCUGUUAAGAGCCAGACUUGCCAGGACUUGGGAUCCCACAACAAUUCCACUUCUUACAGUGCACCGUUGUUCAAUGAGUGCACUCCAGAAGAUGUGAAUUUCUUCCUCUCCAAGGAUGCAGAUCCUGCUGCGUCCAGCGACCUGUCCUCAGUGGCCUUACCACCCCCUGCUGUAGAGGAGGGAUUAGAGCUGGAGCACCCUGUGGAGUUCCCCUUGGGAUUUGAGCCACUGCGCUCAGAGAAGCCAUCUAAGAUGAGGUUGCACAGCUCUCCAGUGUUCAAGGAUCCGUUCUGCUCUCCUCUGCUGGCUCCUGAUAGCAUGCUGAAAGGGCUGCCACCUGUACACAUAGUGGCUUGUGCAUUAGACCCCAUGCUGGAUGACUCUGUGAUGUUUGCCAAGCGUUUGAGGAACAUAAACCAGCCUGUCACUCUGUGCGUGGUGGACGACCUCCCCCAUGGCUUCCUCAGCCUAUCGCAGCUCUGCAGUGACACGAAGGAGGCAGCCAACGUCUGCGUGGAGAGAAUUCGCGCCGUCUUCACCCAGAAGGACACACCACCAGAGCCACGCAAGCACCGCAAGCUGGAAAGGACCGAUAGGGGUGUAUCGGCGUCUACUGGGGAAGAUGGUUCUCUCUUCGUAGGCCCCAUAGAGAGAGGGGAGCUAGCUGUCAGGAGAGGGACUACAAUUGCUGAUGGGGAGGGCUUAGUUGCUGUGGCAGCCCAGAACUACACUGAUGCUGUUGGUAUUGGGCCUUAAAUAAGGUUAGAUAAAAAAGCAGUUUGCCCGAGGAGUGAAGGGACAAAGAGUAAAUGAAAGUCAGACAAAUUUAGGCAGUGCAAUGCCUAAAAGGGAGAGAGAAAGCAACCUAAAAAACAGGAAGGGGGAAUAGGUGUGUGUGUGUGUGUGUGUGUGUGUGUGUGUGU